AAUUGAAACAUGAUAUGUUUUGGUCAAACUACAGCGGUAGUCAGACCAGUUCAUCUGGUUUACUAUUACAGGGAUAGACAUGUUCCUGUACCUGUGGAUGGAAUUUAAAAUGCACAUCUGCAGGUCACUUGGGACAGUCUCAGAGUAAUGCAGAUGCAGUCAAUAUUUCUAAUGUGUAGCGAAUAGUACACAUUAUGGGUAAGUGUUCAUAAGUUUUCCUUUUUGACUUUUAUUUCAUAAAUAUUCCUUAGUAAUAGUUUUACAGUUUAAAUAGUUUAAUCCUCAUGAUCUACAGACCCUGGGUGCUGCUCUGCUCUGGAAUGCCUCCUAGAGUCAACUGCCUGAUGACAGUGAGGGCAAAGUAUAUGGUAUUAAAACAUGAGUGAUAAACUGAACAGUGUUUCAGUGUGCUAUGAUUUUUCUGGCAUUUUCUACUUUUUCAUUGUUUCUAUUACCUUGUUAUGUCUGAAGCUUUGAGACCACCUCCAGGAAAAGGAAAGGAUUUAUAUUGAUAAGUGUUCUCUCAAUAUGCAUUCCCUCUGACUCAGACCUAGACAAGAAGAAAAAUAUCCUUACUUUUCAGUCCACAAUCAGGCGGUUCCAGCAACUCAAUGAUUCUCUGUCUCCCACAGUUGUUCCAAGGCAGAUAGCAGGAGACAGUCUCAUGUCUGGAUCAUGGAGGGUGCUUUUUUACUCAUGAAAAUAAAUUGUGUUUGAGACAGUAGCAAAAGCAAAUUACUAUUUAGAGCAAAUUGGUAUAUCUGUAGUUAGGAUUAUGAGCAUUAUAUACUUUAUAAAGUAACCCUUCAGCUCCUUAAUUUUUUUCUUUAUCAUUUUACUGUUAAAGCAAUUUGUUCAGUUCUUUAUUUGUAUCAUCUUAAAUACAGUCUAUGGGUCACCUAUGACUUCAUACUGUUACGUAGUUUUGUAAAAAUUGGCACCUGGAUUGUCUGAAAAGCUGGAGAAAUUUUUCUGGCUGUUUGUGCAGAAGAAGGUCUGUUGAGAGGAGAAGCAGCAGUGCUGAGGUGACUGGGCAUGGGGCAGGGCUGGUUUGCAGUCUUGCUAAGACUUGGCAUCUGUUUUCCCCUCAUUCCUGGGAAAUGGCUUCUACGAGAACACACCAGAAGCUUGUAUGUUUCUCUUCUCAUUUUUGCCUUUUGUCCUUUUUGUUUACGUAAUAAGCAAUGUGUGUAAAAUCAACCCUUUUCUUUCUGGGAUCCUGGGUUUUCAGUUCCUGGCUACUUUGCCAGCCCUGAAUAUUAUUUUGUCUCUCUAGUUCUGUGAGGUUGCCCAGAAUUGUCAGGGUGCACUUGUGUGUUGUCCUUUGUCUGGUUUCUCAAGUCUUUUUAUUUCUCCAGAGUAGGAUUUAAUGUUUCUUACUGCUAUGGUAAAUGCUUAAAGGAAGCAGGAGGAUGCAUUUAAUUUAUUGGUAUACUUGUUUGACUUUGAGUUUUGUGAGUGCAGAAGUCCAAGAAAGCACUGGAACUGGAGAUUUGGCUAGGAGCCACCAUAUGGGUUCUGGGAACUAAACCCUGGUCAUUUGCAAGACCAGUAACAGCUCUUAAUUGCUGAGCUGUCUUUCCUACUACAGAAAGGAUUUAAUUUAAUUCUGGUAGGUUAGGCCUGGUGGCAAGAGUUUGCUCAUAUCUGGACUAGUAAGCAAGCUGGAAUUCAGGUUGGACUGUAAACUUCAAGUUCUGCCUCUCAGCAACCCACUUCCUACAGUUGGGACCCACCUCUUAAAGGUUCCACAACUUCCUCAAACAUAUGGGGGAGGGGGCAAGUGUUCAAACACGAGUCUGUGAGAGAACAUCACAUAUCCAAAUUCCAACAACCAAUAAUCAGUAAUUCCCAGAGUUCUCGGCUGCUUUGAAUGCUCUGUGAUAUCAUGAAACAGAAAUGUGUGUAUCCGUGUAUGUGUGUAUGUGUGUGUGUGUGUGUGUGUGUGUGUGUGUGUGUCCCCGUCCGUGUUUUAACAUUUGCUGCCCUUGGCAUCAAUCUCCAUAUGCUCUUCAGUGUAACAAAUGAUUAUUGCCAUGUUGGCUAACAUAAUUGAUUUUGGAGUUCUGCACUUGUAAAUCUAGCACUGGAGAUUUCAUGACCUUUCAAAUAACUCCCUGAAAGAGGUAAAUACUUUUUAUUUAUCAAGUCAUUAUUCAUUCUUGUUUUAAACAGAGCCAAAAGUGGUAUGUGUCCUCUGACCAAAAAAAAUAAUGCUUUUGUAAAGCAGUAUGAAUUCUUCAGGGUUUUGGAAUUCCAGGAAUGUUUUACCUAAGUAUUUACCUCCUAAGUACAUACCUGCUGUAUAAGUGAGAUAAGCUAAAAAAUACAGCAAGUCAAUGACCCCAAGUCAUAAGCAGUUAUUGACAUGAAUAAUGAAAACUGGACUUUGUGAUGCUAGACCUGUCCUGUACAUUAAAUGACCUCAGUUAAACUCUGUGUACAUUGUGGUAUAAAGGUUCAGAAGUUGUACUCAAAUUCUUGAGUGCGCAAAUUCCUCCUGCAACAUUAAUGCUACUAUUUAUUAUCAGUGAAAAGAAAUUUAUGCUGGUAUGUGUUCAGAGACUCAUAUCCCAGCCUACUUGUUCAGCCUCCGUGAGAAGGAAUAGCGGUCAUUUGAUUCUGGGUAGAGAACAGUGCUACACACAUGGCUGGUGUAGUUGUUGGAUUCUAAAAACAUGUUCACACCCAGAUAGGUGGCAUAAAAACCGCAUGGUCUCUAUUUCAUAGGAUAUAGCCACAGAGUCUUAGGAUAACUCUUGGCAUCAGAAUUGAAAUCUUAGUUUGCUUCCUCUUGUGUAGCCUGCAUCUUCACUGCAGGGGUGCAUUCAUAAUCUCUAGCUGUGUUCCCAGGCCGUCAUGGAACAUUCCUACUGUUCUUCAGUCUUCACUUUCUGGGCUUUGCAACAUCACUGUUGUGCAACCAGAGGCAGAGAAACUGCAGCUGUUGGACCCUAAUCCUGUCUGCUUCGACUUGUUGCCAGGGCGUACAGUAGUCUAAGAGCUCUAGAGACAGCCUUGCAGGCGUUACCAGAAGCUUCAGCAGUAAAUCACAAGUUGUGGAUGGUACUAUUUCACCUUCUGUAAACUCAGCUAACACUUGUAGCUGAUGGAUCCAGAAACUCAAAAAGAGAUCAGAGAAGGUGAUAAUGACAGGCAGGUGGUCGCAGAAAUCAUGGCAAGAAGUUUUAUUCCAACUCUGAUAACGACUGUUUCUUGGGAAGGCUUUCACUUUGCUGGUCAUGAGAUUCGGAUUACUGAAGCCAAAGAUUGUUAUGGUGCUGUUGUCUGGCCAUCGGCCCUUGUUCUAUGCUAUUUCCUGGAAACGCAUGCCAAGCAAUAUAACAUGGUUGAUAAAAAUGUGAUUGAAAUUGGAGCUGGAACAGGCCUUGUCUCCAUUGUGGCGAGUUUACUUGGUGCUCGAGUGACUGCUACAGACUUACCUGAAUUACUUGGAAACUUGCAAUAUAAUAUUUCCAGAAACACUAAAAUGAAAUGCAAGCAUUUGCCUCAGGUUAAAGAACUAUCCUGGGGAGUAGCGUUGGACAGGAACUUUCCCAGGUCUUCCAGUAACUUUGACUACAUCCUGGCAGCAGAUGUUGUCUAUGCCCAUCCUUUCCUGGAGGAGCUUCUCAUAACCUUUGACCAUCUCUGCAGAGAAACUACCAUUAUCCUCUGGGCCAUGAGAUUCAGGCUGGAGAAAGAAAAUAAAUUUGUGGAUAGAUUUAUGGAACUGUUUGACCUGGAGGAAAUUUCUAGUUACCCUAGCCUGAAUAUUAAGUUGUACAAAGCUAUGAAAAAAAAUCGGAGGAGUGCAUAGUGCAUGUUGUAUGUGAAUUAGGGCAAUGACAUCUGAAGGUAGCUUGUAGUAGAUCAUCUCUCUCUCUCUCUCUAAGAAAAAAAUUAACUCUAAACUUGCCUUAUUAUGGGCAAGGAUUUUUACACACACACAGUAGUUGCAUCUGUAGGAUCAAGGUAUUUUGUUCCCAAGUCUGUCUGCUCAGCAUGCUAAUUACAUGGUAACAAACUUGAAGUAACACCAUGCUGUCAUCGUUGCAAAACUAAUUUUCAAUAAUGAUAUCUGUAACUGAAUGUUAUUAAUUUUAUUUCUUUGUGAGAAUGUAUCUUAGAUUGGCCCUGUACUAGAGAUCUUACCUCAGCCUCCAGAGUGCCAGCACUCUAGGGAUGUACCACACACCCACCCAUGGUGUUAAUCCUUUUAAAUAUAAGGUUAAAUGAUUAUAUCUUUAGAGAUCAAUAAACUGACUAUAUUGUGAUUUGCAAAUAAAUCUAAAAAGACAGAUAUAUGAUGUAAUAAUGAUCAGUGCUAGAUGUCUGUGGUUCCCACCAGUGGCAUCUUAGAGGGGGGUGGGUGUCAUUUCUGCUUGGCAGUUUGGACCUCUUGCAUAACAACUGAAUUAAUCAAUCAUGUGGAAUAUUUCCCUCUAACAGAUAAAAACUAUGAAUGCAAAUAGCAUAAGAAUAUCCAAGAUUAUUGCUUGUUUUUGUAAGUCAAAUAAAACUUAUUUUUUACAGACAUGGAAAUAAUUAUAAGAACUUUGGGUUGGAAAUACAUAAAAAGGUAUAGGCUACUACUCUCAAUUAAGUAGACAUGGUUUAAGUAGAUAUAUCUAGAUAUUUGAAAUCUCAGACUUUUUCAUGUGGUUCUUAGAGAUUAGAAUAAGCUUUAAAGAAAUAAAAGUCAUCAGUGUGGAAAGAGUAAAGAAUUAGGCCUUUAUGCCAUGUGACUGCCUGGACUGUGUUGUUGGCAACACGCUGCAGUGUCCUCAGCUAGGCUGUCACGUGGCCUUGGUGAUAAUUCUCCUCCAGGGUCAUCUCUUCAUGGCUGAACAUUGUCAUGGUCAAACACAUCUGCGAUUAUCUCCUGGGUCCUGCACUGUAAGUUAGAAUGCAGGUACACUGCAGUAUACCUCUUGAUGCAUGCGUUUUCUUAGGACCACAUCUCAACAGUUUUCUGUUUGCAAGGAUAUGUGUCCUUCUCGGGUUUACUUAGUGUUCAGCCUGCACAGGACAGUGAUAUCGUUAUUCUCACUUCACAAAUAAGAACAAAAGCCUAGGUUACAUAGCUGUGGAGUGACAUAUACAGUCAUACCCACAUUUGUUUAAGCACUGAAUCUGAAUUUAUAAUUUCAAUACUGUCUUUAGAUAUUAGAAACAAGUAAUGUUCAAGCACAUUAAACAACCAAGGUCAGUUCUUCAAAAGGAAUAGAUACUCAGAAAGAAUAACAAAUAUAUUUAAAAAUGAGACCUAUUCCUUUUAACACCGUCCCUAGAUUUUCUACCCAUAGAAGGAGACAUUAUAGAAGGCUGUGGUAGUGUGCACUUCUGGAAAGUGUACAUUAGGCAGGGACCUCCAGGCAGAGGCAUGCCUAUCUACCUGAGACAUCAAAGUGGUGUGGUAGAGGAGCAGAUAGAGAGACCGAUGAGGUCUGAAUGAAGACACACCAGGAAGGAGAUUAUGGAGGUCCUGUGCUAUGGGCUAGGAUCUCCAGAUACAGGCUCUGGGAGAGAACAUGAUGUGUACUCCUUAGGCUGUGCAGCCACUGACUGUGGUCACUGGUUAAGCUGUAUGGUUGUGAUGGACAGUUGAAGAAGAGAAAAAAAGCCAGUCUCAGCUGACCCAAUCAGUGCUAGACUUGGAAUAGCCUGUUUCAGGGUAUUUCUGAUUGGAGUAGGGCAUUUGGGUCUUUACACGUUCCUGUAUCUGUCGUGGGAAGACUGUUUUGAGGAUGGUGAUGGUUGUGAUGUCUGCCUGCAACAUUUGCAGCUGUGUGGUGAUAAAGUCAUUCUGAGGUUAUCUAAGCACUUCGUUAUCGUGAUCACCACAUCGUUUCAGGCUCCUUCCUGCUGAAAUAGAGAGCCACUGGAUGACUCUAAAUAAAGGAGUGCAAUAA